CCACUGCCAGCUGGUCGCCGCGCCUCAACACUGCAUCCUCCUGAUUUCAAUAUUGGUCUGUUUCGCACCGCAUACGCUUACGGACUGGAGAAGAUAGUCUUCAACUUCCGCAUAUCCAGGCUAGACCAACAUCAGGUUGGUUCAUGGAGUUUUACAGUCGAACUCCAUCCCCGGUCUUCUCCAGCUCGGAUCGCUUCUCGGAUUCGUCCUCAGACGACGGGCUUCUUCUCAAUGGCGACGCGGGGGAACCGGGAUAUGGAGCAUCACGGCCGGGCUCGCCUGGCGCAGCACCCGAGGGCGCCCAGGAGGAGAACAUGGAGGUAGACACGAUGACAUGUCGCUGGGAGGAGUGUGGAAAGGUCUUCUCCCACCUACCAACGCUCAUUGAGCAUAUUCACAAUGACCACAUCGGGGUUCACAAGUCAAACUACACUUGUGAAUGGGCUACAUGUCCACGGCGCGGCAUACCGCAGACAUCGCGGUUUGCCCUCAUCUCACACAUCCGGUCGCAUACAGGCGAGAAGCCGUUUGUAUGUCACUUACCAGAAUGUGAUAAGUCUUUCACACGUUCUGAUGCUCUUGCAAAACAUAUGCGUAUACAACACAACAUCUCUCCACCGCUUCCAGGGCGUGGCGGAAGUCGCAAGCGGAAGCGGGAGGAGCCAGAACCGACCGCCCCACAAGCCGAUCCUAACGCAUACGGCUACAGUACCUUCAAGCUAGAGACAAACGGCCAUCCCGACGACGCUGAUGAUACGCGCAUGUCGCCUGCAGACUAUCCGAAUGGCGCGUACGCGAGCGGGAGUGCCGGACCCCGGCCUGCCUCGCCAGAGUAUGACGAGCACGACGAAGGCGAGGACGAAAUACCGCAGUACCUGCUGAUGCAGGCAGAUCCACAGACGGGGCUCAUCAUGGGCCGCUCGCCGGCGAUGGUGAAGUACCUGAUCAUGAAAGCGAAACAACAGUAUGCAUUGGAACAGCACGAGGCACUCGUGGAAGAGCUCCGGGUACUCAGGAAGGAGGAAAGAUUGUGGAAAGAGCGGAAAGACGCUCUCAUGGAUGAGCUACUGCAUGUGUAUUUUGGGGACCAAGCCCGGAAGCUCACGGCACCUAUUGUGAUGGCAGAUCGCCACCAUCGCUCACGGCAUGGGCAUCGCGAGGGCGAGACAAUGUCGUGAAGUCGCGGACAGUCUGGUACGUUAGUGUAGCGCGGACGUUGUACUAUACCUUGCAUACUCUUGGGCCUACUGAUGUGUUAUUCAUGUUGUGAUAAAUUGUACUAGAGGUCCUGAGUUUGAAACCCACCCUUGUGUGCUUAUCAGUGCAAU